AUGUCUUCAAUCGCUAAAUAUGAAUUAUUAAAACAAGAUGGAACAUUUCAAGAUCGUCUGAAAUAUGUUUUAUCAUUAGAAAAUAAAAGUGAAAUUGAAAAAUAUUUAAAAGAAUCUUUAUUAUCAUCAUAUGAUGAUUUACAAAUGUUUGUAUUUUUAUCAACAUCAACUAAAAAUCAAAAGAAUUUAUUAGAAAUAAUUCAAAUUGAUUCAUUACCAAUAAAACAACGAACAAUUGCUGCACAAAAUUGGAUUCAACUUGAAAAAGAUGAAAAACAAAUUUUUAAUUUUAUUAUUCAAAAUCUCAAUGAGAAAAAUAUGCCUCGAUAUUUUAAAUAUCGACUUUUACAAGAUUUACAUCGACAUAAAUAUUUAAAAAAAUCUUCAACAUUUUUCUAUUCACUUGCUUCUCAUUUAACUCAAACAAAUCAUCAUUCACAAUAUAAUAUCGAUGCACAUUUAUUACCAUUUUGUACAAAAGAACAAAUAUUUGAUCUUUUAUCUCGAUGGUCAUUGAAACAUCUUGAACAAAUUGAUUGUUCAUCAGCAUUAAUUCGUUAUCAACCUCGUGUUAUUAUUGAUUUAAUUCGAAAUGAUCUAAAAGAGAAAAAAUCAAAUCAUGAAAAAUUUCGAAGUUAUUUUCGAGAUCACGAAAAAUUAUUUGAAGCAAUUGUUGAAAAACAACCAAAAGAAUUGGUUCGCUUAACAAUUGAAUAUCUAAAUCAAUUAGAAAAACAUGAACGAUUUUUACCAACUAUAAUUCAAUCCAAACAAGAAUAUUUUUUUAAAAAAGCACCAACUGAAAUGAUUGAAUUAAUGGCAAUUGUUGCUUCAAAUCAACCAGGUGUAAUUAAAUAUCAAUCAACUUGGUCAAAUGAUGGAUAUGAACUUGGAUCAUUUUCACUUCCUCGUUCAUUUUCAAUUAAAAAUAAUGUUGAAUUAUUCUCUACAUUGUAUGAUAAAUGUAAAUGGUCAUCAAAUCAUACAAUUCGUCUUGUUCAAUAUAUGUUAGAAGAAGGAAAUUCUAACAUAAGUAUUGGUGGAAUUAAAAAACAACGAAAAUGGUUAUUUGAUACUGUUAUAAAUGAACAUAUUGGAAAAGAAUUAUUUCUUAAAAAAUUAUUAAAAGAAGGAGAUAGAAGUACUCUUCAACUAUUAGAAUUAUAUCCAGAAUUAACAACUCCACUUUCAAUUAAUUUAAUAUCACAAUUAGAAAAAAAAGGAAUUGUUGAAGCUGGAGACCGUUUAUCAUUAAUUCGUUAUCAAACAAUGACAGAAGAGAUAUUUAAUGAAUUUUUAUCAUUAUUUAAACAAACAAGUUCUGAUGUAAAUCAACGUCAAGUAAAUUAUCCAUUAUUUUUUCAAUGUGCUGUUUCAACAAAUGGUGAAUCUGUUAAAAAAGUUCUUCAAUGGAUUGAGAAAAGAUUUACUAAUGAACAACUUAUUGUUAUUGAACUUUUCUUAGAACAACUUAAAUCAGUUAAAAAUAAAUUUCCAUUGGAAAUGUUACCAAAUAAUUUUGAAUCAAUUGAAAAUAUAAUUAAUAUUGCAUUAAAUCAUUUACAACAAUCAGAAAAUACUUUACGACUUAUCAUUAAUUAUCAAAUAUUUUUACUUCAACUUGUUGAACAUUCUUCAAAUAAAGAACAAAAAGAAAAAAUUCAAACAUUUGCUACGAAAAUUCUUAAAGAAUGUUCUUCGAAAAAUGAUGUUUAUAGAAUAUUUACUGCAUCGAUAUCUAAAACAUAUCCAGAAACACGUCAUAUAUUGGCAAAUAUUCUUAUCUCAGAUAUCUUUCCAAAAUUGAUUUCAAAAUCUAUGUUGACCGAAUUAGUUAGUGUAUUAAAUUCAGCUAUUGACGAAGCUUGGCGUUUACCAGAAAUUGAUUCAUUUAUUGAUAAAUUUUUUACUGAAUUUCUUCCUUCAUCAACAAAACUUCAAUCAUCAUUUAGUAUUGAUUCACAUUCGACAUUAAUUUCAUUUUAUCUCAAAAAUCGUUCAACUCGAUUUCAACGUGUUAAUUAUUUAAUUAAUAAACUGGAUAAAUUAUUUUUUAUUAAUACAGAUGUUCAACAAAUUGCGAUACGUUCACAACAACAUCGACAACUCAUAGAUCAAUUAAUUCAAGAUGAGAAAUGUUUUACUUUUGAUAAAUUAUCAAAUGAACAAAGUAAAUUUUCAACAAUUUUAACUUCACCUAAGAAAAAUAUGAAGGAACCUGGUUUAAAUACUGAUACUUUAUCGAGCUUAUCUCAUUUAUUAACUGGAAAACAACAAGAACAUAUUACAAAUAUUAUUCUAAAUGAUUAUCUUCAAGAUAAAGAAGUAAGUAAUUUACAAAAAUUAGUAUCAUUUCGUAUUCUUCGUCGUCUAACACAUACAUAUAAUAUAACUCUCGAAUGGAUCUAUAAAAAACAAGAUUCACCAUUACCAAUUGACAGUUCUACAGAGAAGAAAAGUUCUCGUAAUCGAGGUGCUGCUACGGAACCACUUAACGAUAUUAUCAUAUGUUUACCAUCUACAUUUGAUUUAACUCUACAAUCAUUAAUUAAACAUUUGGAGUUUUUAACAACAAAAUUAAAUGCAUCAAAUGCAAAAUAUAUUAGUGAUGCUUUGUUAAGUAUUUCAAGAAAAAUACCGGAUGAAAUAUUUCUAGAAAAAUAUCUGGAUUUUAUACAAAGUGAACAAUUUCAAAAACUUGGUACAACAGCAAAUAAAGCACUACUUCGUUUAUUAGUUGAAUAUGUAUCAAAUACAAACUUAAUAAAAUUAAUUAUUAAACCAAUAUGGAAUAAACAUCCACAUCAAGAUGUUCGUGCAUGUCUUAUCUUAACUUUACUUCAUUUUAUUGGUAAAACAUCUUCAAAUGAAGAUGAAAAUAUUAUUUGGGAAAUUCUCGAAGAAGCAGCAGACGAUGAUUAUCUUCCUGUUGUACAAAAUUUAUUUGCUGAUCAGCCAGGAAAAUCUUCUCCUUCUUGGCCAUUAACAAAACUAAAACAUUCAUCUGAAAAUGUCUUUGAAACAUUUAUUAAUCGAAUACAAUUUAAAGUCUUAGAUCAUCCAACAUCAUUAAAAGCACGUUCAUGGGCUUGGUCUAAUAUUGAUCAUGAACAUUGUGAUAUGAAGAAAUUAUAUGAAAAAGCUCAAGAAAUAUGUAUACAAUUUGAUAAAGAUGGAAGUAGUUUAUGGUCAAAUGCUUUUGAAAAAAUUCUUUCAGUUUAUAAACAACCAAAAACAUUAUCAUCAAAUAUGGUUUAUGAUAUAAUUAAAAAAAUGAUGUCACGUCGAGAAGAAAUUGAUUCGAAAGAAAAUGCUAUUGAUAAUCAACAUGAUUUACCAGUUUAUCAUCGUAUUCAAAGUCUUUUAACAAUUCUUAAUUCUAAAAUAAAUGAUUUUGAUAAUGAAAAAAAAAUUUCUUUUCGUUCACUUGCUCCAAUUAUUCUUCAAUUUGAUAAGACAUUGUCUCCUCAAUUAGCAAAAUUAUUGAUAAAAACAACUCAAAAUAAAGAAGAACUUGAAGAUGUAUUGCAAAUGUUUCAAGAAAAUUUACCUAAAAAUUAUUUUGAACGAAUAUUAACAGACAUAUCAAGUGAAAUCAAUAAUAGUCAUUCAUCUUUUUUUAUUCAACAAUUAAGUGGUGAUGAAAAACUUGAAGUAGCUCAAUGGUUUAUUAAAGAAAAAAAUCGAACAUUAUUUGUUUUUGAUUUUCUUAAAAAUCAUGUAUUUAAUGAUAACGGUGUUGAUAGAGAAAAAUGUCAAAAUCUUCUUCGAGAAAUACGAAAAAGUGAUGAUUUAUAUUUACGACAACAAGCAAUGGAAUAUACUGUACCUUGGAAAGAAGAUGGAGAUAUUGCAGAUGAUAAUGAUGACAUGAGUGUUUCCGAUCAUCCUUCUGAUGAAAAUAUGUCUUAA